GAAUAAUUAAAAAAAAGAAUUUAAAUUUUGCCACACUAAAAAAUUCUUUCCGGAAACACGUGCUGACAUCUUAUUUUCGACACGUAUUUGAGAACAAGUGGUUCUCAACCAAUUACCAAGUGUCAAAUUAUUUUCUAAACUUUGGACUCUGGAAUAUUUGUGUGCCACAAAGGGGAAAAUUGUCCUCUAAAUAAAGUUAUUUGACUUAAUUUUAUUGUUGCACAAAUUACAAUAAUUAAUAUUUACCCUAAACAAUGUUUUCAACGUGCUCAAGAGUUUUAAAAACAAAUGCCAACUUCGCUUCGAUUCUUCAUCGUUUUGAAUCGACAUUGGUUAUUGCGGAGCACAAUAAUGAAAUUCUUUCUCCAAUUACACAAAAUGCCUUAGCGGCUGCUACGAAAAUUGGAGGUGACAUUACUGUUUUGGUAGCUGGUACGAAAUGUAGUUCUGCAUCCGAAGCACUGACUAAAGCACCAGGAGUCGCUAAAGUAAUUGUCGCCGAAGGCGAUGCUUUUAAAGGAUUUACUCCAGAAUCAAUUACUCCUCUCGUUUUGGCAACUCAUAAGCAAUUAAAUUUUAGUCACAUUAUCGCUGGUGCAAGUGCCUUUGGUAAAGCGCUACUACCUCGAAUUGCUGCUAAAUUAGACGUGUCGCCUGCCAGUGAUGUUAUUGAAAUUAAAUCGCCGGACACAUUUGUGCGUACAAUAUACGCUGGCAAUGCGGUGCAAACAAUUAAGAUGAAGGACAAUGUUAAGAUAAUAUCUGUUCGUGGUACGGCGUUUAAACCAGUCUCGACUGAGGGUGGCAGUGCAAAAAUUGAAACAGCACCCGCGGGCGAUUACAAAUGUAAUUUAGUCGAAUUUAUUAAGCAAGAAUUGAGCAAGUCUGAUAGGCCAGAAUUGGCGUCGGCCAAGGUCGUUGUGUCAGGUGGACGAGGUCUAAAGUCGGGUGAAAACUUUCAAAUUUUGUACACACUAGCCGAUAAAUUAAAUGCUGCCGUUGGCGCUUCACGAGCCGCCGUCGAUGCAGGUUACGUGCCAAAUGACAUGCAAGUUGGCCAAACGGGAAAAAUCGUUGCUCCAGAUUUGUACAUUGCUGUGGGAAUAUCGGGAGCCAUUCAACAUUUAGCGGGAAUGAAGGAUUCGAAGACAAUUGUUGCCAUAAACAAAGACCCAGACGCGCCAAUUUUCCAAGUUGCCGACUACGGUUUGGUCGCCGAUCUCUUUAAAGUUGUGCCCGAGAUGAAUGAAAAACUCUAAAAGAAAAAAGUUGGUGUUUUCCUAAUUUCAUCGUCAAGAGAGAAAAAAUGAGAAACGACUUUUGCCUUGAUAAACACUUUGCUCAUUGGGUUCUUUGGAUGAGGCGAAUGGUUUUUUGAAAUUGAAGAAAAAUUGAAGGAUGACAAUCCUGGAACCAGUCUUGGGGAUUUCGCCAAUUUUAUGGCUAUUAAUAUACGCCAGUUUAAUUCUAUUACUAUCGCCAUUACUAUUAGUGAUGAUGGUUUUACUGCCAAAUUUUCCAAUAUUGCUAUUGCGAAGAAUGUGCGCAAUUCCCAUUGAAUCAAUUUGAAAGAACAAAAAAAAAUCCAUUCUCAAGAGGCCAAAGAACAAUUUCAAUCACCAAAGAGCUGCACUGAAUCGAGCUCAAUAUUUUUUUUUUGUUUCUCAAUUUACAAAACAAAUUGAAAUCAUCCUUAGAAUAUGGAAAAUUUAAUUCGAAUUUAUUCUCUAAUUUUAAUUGAUUUUCAAAUUUAUUACAAAUUACGUAAAAUCAAAUUCAAAGAAAUUCU